AUGUCCGUCGGCACUAUGAAACCAAACAUCAGAGCUACACAUCGUACAAUCGGUGCCGAACGAACACAGAAAGUCAAGCAAAUGGCAGCUAGUCUGCAAGCUCAACAACAGUUUUUUUUUCGUGCUAACAAAAUACAGGAAAACGCCACAACAGCAAGCUAUGAAGUCGCUAAACUUAUUGCCCAGCACGGCAAACCGUUCUCAGACGGUGGUUUCAUAAAGCAGUGCCUCAUCAAAGUCACAGAAAUAAUGUGCCCGGAGAAAGUGCAGGAUUUCAACAACGUGAGCUUAUCCAGAAAUACAGUGGUGCGGAGAAUCGAGGACUUGUCAGCUAACGUGAAACUUCAGCUGAGAGCCAAAGCUGAUGAUAAUUUUUGCUGUACGGAGGAGCUGCUUGAUAUGAUGAGCCUAAAAGGCACAACGACGGGUAGAGAUAUUUUUGAAGCUGUGUCAGAGGCAGUUGAAAAGAUGGGGCUUAAAUGGGACAAGCUCUGUGGAGUAACAACGGAUGGAGCUCCGGCCAUGACAGGUGAUCGCAAAGGAAUGGCAUCGAUGGUGUGCGCCAAGGUAAAAGAGAGCGGAGGUGAGGCUUUUAGGAUGCACUGUAUAAUCCACCAAGAAGCACUAUGUGCCAAGACUGUCCAGAUGGGCGAUGUGAUGAACACUGUUGUAAAAACUGUCAACAUAAUUCGAGCUAGAGGACUGUACCACAGAGAAUUUCAAGCUUUCCUUUCUGAUGUGGAUGCUGAAUACGGGGAUGUACUCUACCACUCUGAGGUGCGCUGGCUGAGCCGCGGCUAUGUGCUGCAGCGCUUUUAUUCGCUGAGAUCAGAAAUCGAUCAGUUUAUGAAAGAGAAGGGCCGACCUCUUCAUGAACUGAGUGACCCUCUGUGGCUGGCCGACCUGGCAUUUUUAGUUGAUCUUACUCAUCAUCUGAAUACACUGAACAAGAACCUACAAGGCAAAGAACAGCUGGUGCCACACCUGUAUGCGCACAUGAAAGCCUUCCGUGAAAAGCUCCGCCUGUUUGAGACACAACUACGAAGCUUUAAUGUUGCACACUUCCCUGCACUGUCUGAAAUCAAGUCUGCUUUUCCAAAUGCCGACCUUUCUGCUAAAAAGGAGAAAUAUGUGUCUGGGAUUGCAUCUCUCGUGACCAAAUUCAACCAGCGUUUCCAAGAUUUUUCUGUCAUUGAAAAACAAAUCAAGCUGUUCUCGACCCCCUUCCUGGUGGAUGCAGAAGAAGUGGAAGAGAGUCUGCAGUUAGAACUGAUUGAAAUGCAAUGCGAUGAUUCUCUGAAGAGUCAACAUCAGCUUCUCUCCCUCCUUGACUUCUAUCAGAGUUUGGAUAGUGCCAAGUUUCCUCUGAUGAGACGCCAGGCAAAAAGAAUGAUGAGCCUGUUCGGCUCAAGAUACAUAUGUGAGUUACAAUGUUACGACCACCUGUGCCACCUGCAGGCCUGUCGUUCCAGUGCACGGGCAGUGCAGUUCCAGUUAUUAACCUGA